AUGUCCUUAUCUUGCUGCAAUAGUAAUCCUAAUGUAGAAGGAAAAGUAGAAGAUGGCAGUUCAAGUUCGUGUGUUUUCAAUUGGUCAAAUUUACCGGAUGAUUUAAAAGUUGAGAUCUUGUCUCAAAUCCUGGAUAAACCUCUUAUCAGGCUCAAGUGCAUUUGCAAAUCUUUAUACUUUCUGAUUUCAAAUACAUAUGCUCCUAGAUUCUCCUCCCCUUCUCCAUCCGCCGUUUUUUACGGCAUAAUCUACCUCGAGGGAGGUGAAAAUUUUCUGACAUUAGCUCCUGAUUCUGGAGUUGUUUUUCUUAGCUUGUGGCGGGAUUUGACGGCAUUGCUUGCAAGCUGUAAAGCCGAACACAAGGCGGAGCACAUUCUAGACUGUUGCAAUGGGCUUUUUCUUCUAGCAUCUAGAUCUUCCAAUCCGACUCAGUAUUUCGUGAGCAACCCCACCACCUCUGAAUGUAUCAGAAUUCAUGUUAACCCCUUACAUGGUGAUUUCAAGUACUCCUCGCUAGCUUUUGAUUCUACAGUUGCCCUUCACUAUAAAAUUAUUAGGUUUGCCAGAGUCACUCAAUUAUUAAAUAUGGAUGUUUAUUCAUCUGAGACUGGCGGUUGGGCUUGCCAUACUAUCACUUUUGAGUCCGUUCUUGACCUUGGCUGCUGGGUUCAAAGUUCUGUUUACUUGAAUGGGGUUUUAUAA